AAAAUCAGAUCUAGCAUAAACCGAAAAUAAAAAAAAAUUCAUUCGUAAAAAAUCGUUCUUGCUCACUGGACUAAAAGUAAAACUAUACUUUGUUUUUUUGUUUUGUUUUAAAAACGGUUAAUUCUUGUUUGUCAAUUGGCGGAGCUGCAACACUGUGUACAUCUAGGGUUGGGCAACGGCAAAGUGUUGGGCAACCCUUGCCGUUCUGGUGCAGUGCUGGGCAACCGUUACGAGGAUGAAAGCGAGAAUGUAGUAGUCCGUGAGUCAGACAUCGAUUUGGUGCCUUUCAUUCGGUGCACAAAUUAUAUUUUUGGCAGUCACACAUUUUGCUGAAAACCAAAAAAAAAAAAGGCUAACGUAAGAAAAGAAGAAGGGAUGUCCCGACAAUUGAUGGCCACCACGGCCACCCGGUUCCACAGAGGAAUGCCCGGCAGCGGAAAGCUGUGGUUCAACACAACCCGGUUUCUGUACACCGGUAAGCACACGCUAUCCAAGGGGCCGCCACCGCCGAAGGGGCCACCACCAAAGGCGAGCAAGCCGAGCAAGCCGAGCACGGCUCCCAAGUGCAAGCCGGUUCCUCCUCCGAAGCCGAAGCCGGGAUACUUCCCCAGCGGCGGGAUGCACGCCGUCUUCAGCGAUUUGCCGAUGCCCCAGGGCGACUUUAUGCAGGCGUGGUCCGCGAAGAACUCCAAGUAUAACAUGUUCAUGCUCAGCGGACUGUUGGCAUUGGUCGGGAGCAUAUACCUGUCGUACAUGACGCUGGAAAUGUAUGCCAGCGUGCCCGAUUAUCCCUACACCGAGGAGGAGAAGGAGGAGUUUGAGAUCGAGGCGGAGCGCCGCCAGGAGGAGAAGGAGGCGCGCGAGCAGCGUCACCAGGACGCAGUGGAGGCCGCCGAGAUCGCUCGUCGCGCUCGCUUGGCCAAGGAGGCCAUGGUCCGCGAGUCGGAGCUGAUGAACAAGGACAUGGAGGGCGGUCUUGACGCUAAGGAAGCUGCGGAGCUGCAGAAGCUAGCCACCGAGCGCGAAGAGUAUGCGGAGUGGGAGAAGGAAGAGGCGAAGCGCCGCGAGGAGAAGGCCAAGGAGCGCAAAGAGGUCGAGAAGGAGAAGGCCAAGGUUAAGGCCGAGCGCGACAAGGAGCGCGAGAAGAAGCGCAAGGAGCGGGAGAAGGUGCAGGAGAAGGAGGAGGCAGAGCGCGAGAAGGCUCGCGAAAAGGCACGCAAGGAGCGCGAGAAGUCCCGCAAGGAGGAGGAGAAACUGAAGGCGAAGGAGAAGGCCGAGAAAGAGAAGGCCAAGAAGGCCCUCACGGCCUAAUCUUUAUCCCAUCCGCACACCCAAAAACCCCCCCACACAUCCCAAACACUUUCCACUUAUAUAUUUUGUUAGUUGUUCCCCCGAAUCACACGAGAACCAGCCAUCAAAAUGUUGCUGUUGCUGUUGUUGUUGGCACUGCAAUCCAGACACUGAAAACAGAUCUCAGACACCAAUCACAGAAAGUACACCCCACUCCCUACACCCAGAUAUUGCCAUACACAUGCGACAUUCGAUUCACUCGACACACUCGAAACCAAAAGAAAUACCAACAUCACGCACUUUUCAAAUGAAUUUGAGCAAAUGUUCAAUUAAAUUAACAGAUUUCUGUUGCUGUUGGUCAAA